AUGUCUCAACCAGCUCUCAACAAGAUCGCCCACAACAGCCCCUCGAGGCAACACCCUUCGGAGCUGGAAACCAGCAUCGCAACCGCCCUCUAUGAACUCGAGACCAACAUCCCCGAACUCAAGGUUGCCUUGAGACCGCUCCAGUUUGUCUCUGCACGCGAGCUCGAAGUUGGCCACGGCAAGCGCGCCAUUGUCAUCUUCGUCCCGGUGCCCCUCCUCGCCGGCUUCCACAAAGUUCAGCAACGCCUGACCCGCGAACUCGAGAAGAAGUUCUCUGACCGUCACGUCCUGAUCCUGGCCAUGCGCCGCAUCCUGCCCCGCCCAAAGCGCUCCAACCGCUCCCGCACCAGCCAGACCCAGAAGCGUCCCCGUUCUCGAACUCUGACGGCCGUGCACGAUGCUAUCCUCUCUGAUGUGGUUUACCCGGUCGAGAUUGUGGGCAAGAGAUUGAGGACCAAGGAGGAUGGAAGCAAGGUGUUGAAGGUCGUUUUGGACGAGAAGGAGCGCGGUGGCGUUGAUUACAGACUCGACACUUACUCUGAGGUCUACCGGAAACUGACUGGACGGGUUUGUGGCUUUGAGUUCCCCUUGAGCAGCGCGUCGGAUUACUAG